AUGGCUGACGUACCACCUCCUUCACUAUCCGAACUUAUGCGGAUGAUAGAACAUAACGACACUCAUCACCAGCAACCAGAAGAUAAUGAGCACCAUUCCCAACCCUCUCAUGUCUCGGAGACUAUCCGAACCAAGGAGGUUCAACCUGAAGAUGAAAAGGAAGAGUCCGACGAACUUGUAGGACCCUUCACAGAAGAAGUGAUGAACUUCGAAUUGCCGAAGAGAUUCACCCUGCCACUAACCCUCACACCUUAUGAUGGGCUCGGAGACCCGAAGAAAUUUCUCAAAAAGUUCCGAUCAAUAAUGAUCGUCAACGGUGCAUCAGAUACUGUUUUAUUCCGUUAUUUUCCAAAUUACUUAGACGGUCCUGCACUUGAUUGGUUGUGUGCUUUGCCUGCAGGUUCUAUUUCGCGAUUUCAGCAGCUGGAGAAGCUAUUUGAAGAACACUUUGCUGGAUGCGCGAUUUACCUGCACGACUCCGAUUAUCUGAAUACGAUCAAACAGGGACCAAACGAAAGCUUGAAGGACUAUAUGACCCGCUUCACCAAAGUUGCCAUCAGUAUACCUGACCUCCACCCCGAGGUUCACCUACACGCAAUUAAAAGCGGACUUCGCCCUGGAAAAUUCCAGGAGACCAUCGCAGUAGCCAAGCCGAGGACCCUUUCAGAGUUUUGCGAGAAAGCAAAAGGCCAAAUUGAUAUCGAAGAACUCAGACAAACUCGAAAAUCUGAGAAGACAAACUACCGAGAUGAAGAUAAGGCCCUAAGCACAAAGAAAAAUUUUAAACUAACCCCUCAAUUUGAUUCCUAUACGCAGUUCAAUACUAAGCGAGAGGACAUAAUUAGAGAUAUCUUAAAUUCAAAGCUCAUCAAGCCAUCAAGAAAGGCCGGUACCUAUCAAGAUACAAAGAACGUGGACAAGUCUAAAUAUUGUGCUUUCCACCAGAAACACGGCCACAACACUGACGACUGUAUGGUGGCCAAGGACCUUCUGGAACGCCUAGCUAGACAAGGACACCUUGACAAAUACAUUGGGGGUCACAUGCAAAAGCGCAUCAUACCUUCAACAACCAACGAUUCGUCCGAACAACAAAACCGAGGAAAAGAAAAGGCACCUUCAAGCCAAUACGAGAAACCUCGAGGUAUAAUUAAUCGUAUUUCAGGAGGAUACGCAAGUGGAUGA